AUCUUGUAGUUGUAAUAUUGUAUUAUAUUGUGUUUAAAUAUUAAGUAAAAUUUUAAUUUAUGAUCAAAUAAUGAAUGUGUAGAAAUUUUGUAUGAUAUUUUUGAGUUUUUCUAUGUAAAAAAGGCUUUUUAUAAUUUUCGUUCAAAAUGUCUCGUCUUAUUGUGAAAAAUCUUCCAAAUAAAGUUACAGUCGACAAAUUGAAGGAAUUAUUUCAACAAAAAGGUGAAGUAACCGAUGUUCAACUUAAGUACACAAAAGAUGGUAAAUUCAGAAAUUUUGGUUUUGUUGGUUUCCGUACUGAGGAACAGGCGGCUGCUGCCCGAGAGCACUUUGACGAAACAUUUAUCAAUAGUAUGAAGAUAACUGUACAAGAAUGUGCAAAUUUAGGAGACGAAAAAAAACCUAGAGCAUGGAGCAAGUAUGCAAGUGACAGUACAGCUUAUAAGAAAAUACAUAAAGAUGAGACAGUAGUAAAAACUACAGUUAAAAAGAAGCUUAGUAGAGCUGAGAGAAAUAAAAUAAAGAUUAAGGAGUUGUUAAAAAAGCACAAAGAUGAUCCAUUAUUUGCAGAAUUUAUAGAAGCACACACAAAUGAACAAACUAUGUGGAUUAAGGAGAUAUUUACAGAAGUAAAUAAAAGUGACGAUGACAGUGGAGUGGAGGAAGAAAAUGAAGACCUGAAGGAUAUUACUAAAGAAACAAAAUCAAAUGAUAUGGAAAUACCUACUGCAAAAGCAAUAGAAAGUGAACUUAAGACUGCUGAUGCACAGAUAAGUGAUUUAGAGUAUAUGAAAGUAUUGAUGAAGAAAGUUGAUGGAUUCAAAGAAGAAGCAGAAAAUAUUACUACUCCCAGUGAACCAAAGAAAAUUAGAAACAGGCCCUUAUUUCAUGUGAAGAUCAAUGGACUACCGUUCAAAUGUAAAAAAAAGGAUGUAAAAGCAUUCCUCAAACCACUAGUCCCUUAUUCUAUCAGACUCCCUCUUAGCAAAGGUAAAAAGCUUGCAGGUUUUUGUUAUGUUGGAUUCAGAACAGAGAAGGAACUUAAGAAAGCACUGAGUAAAGACAAGUUAUUUUUUGGCACCCACAGGAUACAUAUAAACAAAUAUGAAGACAAAACGAAAAAAUCCGAAGAAGAAGAACAGCUAAGUGUACAAAAGAGACAAGAGAAAGUCUAUAACGGAGAAAGUAUUGGUGAAAGUGGUAGUAUAUUCGUGAGAAACUUACCUUAUGUGCUUUCUGAAGAUGAGUUGACCAAAUUAUUUGAAAAGUACGGUCCACUAGCUGAUGUAAAUAUGCCAAUAGAUCCGGUUCUCCGACAACCGAAAGGCUUCGCGACGAUAACAUUUGUGAUUCCCGAACACGCCGUGAAGGCAUACACAGAGCUUGAUGGAACUGCAUUCUGUGGCAGAAUGUUACAUUUAUUGCCCGCCAAAAUUGAAAAUACUGAAAAAGAAGAUGAUGGUGAUUUAACUUUCAAAGAGAAGAAGGCAAAAAAGUUAAAAGAUCAGGCAAAAUCAUCGCACAACUGGAACACAUUGUUUUUGGGAGCGAACGCUGUGGCCGACGUUGUCGCAGCUAACUACAAUACCACUAAAGAACAACUGUUGACCGACAACAAUAAAAAUACAAGUGCCGCCGUGCGAUUGGCGCUGGGUGAAACGCAGCUCGUAGCAGAAACCAGAACCUUCCUAGAAACUAAUGGAGUCUAUCUCGACGCAUUCAAUAGGCCAAGCAAAAAACGAUCGAAAACCUGCAUACUUGUCAAAAACUUACCAUCUGGCACAGAUAAAGAUGAAGUAAAAACUCUUUUCGAGAAACACGGACAGAUCGCGAGGUUCCUAAUGCCAAAGCAUGGUAUCACAGCUCUGGUUGACUUCAUUGAACCAUUCGAAGCUAAAAGAGCAUUUAUGAAGCUCGCCUACUCACAAUUCAAAUCCGCGCCACUAUACCUAGAAUGGGCGCCAGAAGAUGUCUUCAUAAAGACAACACAUGCAAAGCCAGUCGAACAAAAGAGUGCGUCAGUAAAAAGUGUUAAAGAUGAAGAAAUUAAGUUAAGUGAAAGUGUUGUUGUAGAGGAGAAUGAUAUUACUGAAACUAAUGAAGAUGUUGAAGAGCCUGAGAAUAAUACGACACUGUUUAUUAAGAAUCUAAAUUUUAAGACUACUGAAGAUAUGCUUAGGAAGCAUUUUUCAAAUUGCGGAAAAAUCCACAACAUCACUAUAGCCAAGAAGAAAGAUCCCAGAAACCCAGGUCAGUUUCUCUCCAUGGGUUACGGCUUUGUACAGUUCUAUAAGAAACAACAGGCCACCGAAGCACUCAAAACACUGCAGGGUUCAACACUAGACGGAAAGGCGUUAGAACUAAAACGGUCAGAGCGGGGCAACACUACCGACGUGGCAGUUGUGAAAAAGGGCGUGAAAGAAACAAAACAAAAUGGUACCAAAAUUCUGGUACGAAACGUGCCGUUCCAGGCUAACAGAAACGAACUUCAUGAAAUAUUUAGAGCAUUCGGUGAAAUAAAAACAUUAAGAUUGCCGAAGAAAUUGACGCCAGGGGCAGAUCAACAUAGAGGUUUCGCAUUCGUCGACUUCUACUCGAAAGCCGAUGCCAAGACUGCAUUUGAGGCUCUAUGUUUAUCAACACAUAUUUAUGGUAGACGGCUGGUGUUAGAAUGGGCAGACCAGUCUGAAGAAAAUGAAGAUGUGACAGCACUCCGUCGCAAAACAGCUCAAGAUUUUAAUGCUAAAACACCAGGAGGAAAGAAAUCGAAGAAAGCUGCAAUUGAUGUUGAUGAAUUUGUUGAUAAUGAAAAUUAAAUAAACUGACAGAAAUUG